GUGGCAGAACUGUGUGUCAGGAACAGGGGCUCCCUCCCAUUCCCUGCUCCCUUCUCAGAUAACACCUGGGCCUGGGCAGCUCAGCUCCCCUGUGGACGGCAGCAGGAAAUUGCGCAAAGGCGGGUUACCUGAGCUCGAGGGGGGCUGGCGGCAGGAGAGAACACAGGCUUCGGGUGCUUGAAGAUUCAGAAAGAACUGAUGUUUUGGAAGCUUGAGGGAGGAUCAGAGGUCCAGUUUGUAUCCUAUUAGCAAGAGGCCCCUUGAGUUGGAGGCCAAGACAACUGGACGGUACUCCAGCAGACUCAGGAGCCCGAGACGCCCAGCUGCUGCCAUCUCCAGAGCCCAGCCCAGGGUAUGUGAUUUCUUCCCCAUCCCUGCUUAAACUCAGCCUCAGCUUCCACGGGUCCCUGGGGCACUUUAGUGACAAAAGCGGACAGUCAUGCCUGUGGAGACCCUGUCUACUGCGAGCAGCCUAAAGGAGGCAGCACCCGGGGCACCCUGUGCCUCCAGCAUGCCCUUCCGCAUCCUUACCAAGGGGCCCGGCUACUUCCGACGCCAGGGCGAAGGCAACAUCCGGAAGCCGAGUGCUGUGGAGCGGCUGGAGGCCGACAAGGCCAAGUAUGUGAAGAGCUUGCGGGUGGCCAGUACCCGCCAGGAGCCUAUAAAGCCCCUACUCUUGAAGCAGCCCCUCUUUAGCCCUGGGGUUCGUAGAGCGAUGUUGACACCCAAUCGCCGUUCCCCAGGUGUGGGUAGCCGCCGGGCAGAGGCUUGUGGGGCCCGGAACUCCCUCAAUAUGGACGUCCUCAGCAAUCUCAUUAACUUGUGUGACAGCCCUACACCCCUGCCUGCUGGCCCUCCUCCAGAACGCAAGUGGAAGGCAGGGCCCUCACCUGGCCUGGGGCGGGUGUCCCUGGGGGAUGGCAAGCGAAUGAGCCCUGCCACCGAGGGUUCCCUUUCUACCCCUCUUCGCCCCCCUAGCAUAGCGGCAGUGCGUAGGGUGGAUGUCCGGCCCUCUGCGGAGCCCCAGAUCCGGGCCAUGCCCAGCUCACCUGCCAGCCCCUGCUCUAACCUGGGCGCCUCACCAGGCCCCAGUCCUCAAGAGGGCCCUCGACGUCUUACCCACCUGCACCGCUCCAAGUCAGACCUGAGUGACCGCUAUUCCAGGGCCACGGCCGACCUCGAACGAUUCUUUAACUACUGUGGCCUGGACCCAGAGGAAGCCCGUGGCCUGGGUGUGGAGCACUUUGCUAGGGCCAGCUCGGACAUCGUAUCGGUUAAAUUCCAUAGCGUCAGCACCAGCAGCUCAGAGGGUACUCGCUCCCAACGCAGUGAGGCCACCGCCGAGGACAGGGCCAGAGAGCGCACCCCUUAUGGUGUCUCUGUCAUUGAGCGCAAUGCCCGUGUCAUUAAGUGGCUGUAUGGGCUGCGGCAGGCUCGUGAGGCAGCUCAGAGAGGCUCCAAUGUUUAAAUGCCCCUGGCUUUGUGCUCCUGAGGAGAAGGGAUACUCUGGGCCCCCUCCUGGGAGGGACAGAAAGGCCCCGUGGAUACACACAGUGGGGAGAGGCACUCCUCCCUGUCACCCCCUGGCUCCAGGGUUAUCGUUGGACAUUUUAAUGGAGAUCUGGCCUAGGACUGGCGGGCCAGGAACUUCAGGAGAGAUUUCUUGCAUGUUGGUUCCAUAAGGCCAAUAUCCUCGUCAAACCCUUCUCAGUAGAUUUGAAGGGAAGCAGACACUUUGAGAAAUGCAGAAAGCAUUGGUGGUGUGGAGUGGGAUUCCCCUCCUUGCAAGGAGGAGGAAGAGGAAGUCUGUGGUUUUGGGGGCAAAGAGAGGAAGCCAACCUGUGGAAUUUGAAUCCCAGGCCAAUGUGAAGUCCUGUUGAGUUCAUUCUUUCUGUUGAUUGAUAGGAGGUUUGCUUGAGAGGAGGGAAGAAGCCAGAGGGGGUAUAAAGGCAAGACCCCCCCUCAACUUGGCCCAGGUCCUCCUAGGGUCUUCCAAACACAAACUCCCGGGCUGAUGCUCUUCCUGGCAGCUGGGUAGGGAUUUGGGCAGCCAGCCCUCCCAGCAUGGGAGUGUAUCUGGAGCUUGGGACACCAGGAUGUCCAACAGCUUGGCACGGGAAGGACAUGGUGCUGAGGCUGGAUAUGAUCAACUUUACCUGUUUCCCUCUGAGGGCCUCAUUUCCCAAUUAGGGCUUAGGAAGCACACCUAGUAUGUGCUAGGGUGCCUGUUCUGGUGCCCCCAGCAUCUUCCCUUGAAGCCACACAAGGAGACUGUGUGAGUGUGUGUGUGUGUGUGUGUGUGUGUGUAGUGGGGAAAAGGAGGGGACAUGGGAAGGGGGGAUAAUUCACAGCCCCCACACUCACUACUUUGUUUCUGCUGGGCAGAUUUCCCCAAGAAAUUGGACUCUCAGUCUCUUCCUUCCCUUGAGCUCUGGGGCCCCCCGGUUCUCCAUGCCACUAGCUGGGCCCCUGUUGUCCUUCUUUGGAGUCUGCUCUUUGUUAAUAAACCUAAGUGGUUUUGCAUUGGACAAAAAGGUCUCAUUCUGAGAA